GAAGAAUCUGAGAGAAAGCACGCUGAAGAACUUAUUCUCUGAGGUACAAUCCUAACCAUCGUUGACUUUAAAUUGGAUGAAGAUGAUGAUAAUGAAAAUAUCCCUAUGGCUUCUGUUGCUUGGCCUUGAAACAACCUACACUGCUGCUGGACCAGGUAUGCACUGACACAUCAUCUCUAUUUUUGAAGGAUUACACACAUGCUGAAUUUUUAUCAAGAGAGAUCAAACUAGCUUUUUUUAUUACAGCAACCAUAUACACAUGCCUUCAGCAGUGUUAUCCAGCUUUCUUGGUUUUCACCUGGCUUUGUUAAAUACUUAAUCUCGAUUGGUCAAAACCCCUUAAUUAAUAACCCCUUGACAGCAGUUCUUCACUCUGCAUAAGUAGAAGAACACUAGGGACAAGCAGUACAAGUCAUAGUAAAUCAAUCCGCGGAAUGUAGUUUUGGCACAUAGUUCACAGACGUUACUUUCCCCUAGUAUCAUUUCAGUAAUUUUAUGUUAAACUGGUAGGCUAAAAACAUAUAUAUUUUUUGAUGGUUUGGUCUCCAUGCAGAGGCAGCAGAGCUGAUAAAUCUAUUCCUGACUGAUAGCUAAAACAUAAGUGAUAGGGACAACAGAAGUAGUUAAAAUGACUCUUGUAUCAUCUUUUUUUGAAGGUGAAUUAACUGCAAAGCUUCAAAACAAAGAAGGGUAGAAGAAGGACACAAACCAAUGCUUGUAAUUUUGCAGAAAACAGUAUAACUGUCAAUAAAAAUGUCAAAUUUAAUGUAAAAGAUCACAAAUAACCAGGCGUGUUUCAACAGACACCCAUCUUGUUUAAUGCUUUACUUUGAUGGAAAUAUGCUGUCAUAUGAUGUUAGACUGCUACUGUUUUGACAAUGAAAGAGGAAUCUCUCUGUGAUGUGACCAACCAAACCAGAGGGACUUUUUUUAUCUGUUAAUAUCACUUUUUAAUAUCCAAAACUAGCAUAGUAUCCAUUUAUUUAUGACAGUAGUUGGAUAAUAAGUGGGAUGAUGCAUAAAGUGGUAGAUAUGAAAAUAAAAAUCCUUCAGGCCUUAUGUACGGUGGCCUGGAAGUGCAAAACACGACCGCAAAAGAGAAAACACGACAGCAAAUCCAAAACGCAAAAGAGAAAACGCAACCACAAAUCACAAAACGCAACUGCAAAUCACAUGUGAAAACGCAAAAAAGAGAAAACACGACAGCAAAUCACAUAUGCAAACACAAAAAAGAGAAAACACGACAGCAAAUCACAUAUGCAAACACAAAAGAGAAAACACGACAGCAAAUCACAUAUGCAAACACAAAAAAGAAAACACAACAGCAAAUCACAUAUGCAAACACAAAAAAGAGAAAACACGACAGCAAAAUCCCAAAACGCUACAGCAUCGUCUGUCAUCAUCUUCUUCUUCGUUGUAGUUUAAUGGCAGUUUUCUCCGCUGGGGGUAGAGUACUACUGCCACCUGCUGGAGUUUGGAACGGGAAAGUAAACAUGAAAAUGGACGCCGAAAGCGAAAGUGUACUCAAAAUUAUCCAGCAAUAUUUUGAUGCAGGACACAAAUAUGACGUAAUAGUCGACAUGUUGUGUAGCAGAACACAUUAAUUGAACAUCCCUUAACUUACUUGAUGGACUGUCACCGUCUGCUUCUUGCAGCCUUUUACCACAACUGCUGCAAAAGUUGGGUUGUCCGGGGAGCUCUUUGCCACAGUAUCGGCAAUACAUUAUCACCGACUGUCGCGCCGCGGUUCGUGUGUUACCGGGUCAAAGGACAGACGUGUCGAUUCGAGUGCUUACUUUCCCGUUCCGACAUCGAUCCAGCAGGUGGAGGUAGUACUCCACCCCCAGCGGAGUAAACUACCAUUAAACUACAAUGAAGAAGAAGAAGACAGACGCUGCUAUCGUGUUUUGGGAUUUGCGGUUGCGUUUUCCUUUUUGCGUUUGCAUAUGUGAUUUGCUGUCGUGUUUUCUCUUUUUUGUGUUUGCAUAUGUGAUUUGCUGUCAUGUUUUCUCUUUUUUGCGUUUUCACAUGUGAUUUGCAGUUGCGUUUUGUGAUUUGUGGUUGCGUUUUCUCUUUUGAGUUUGCGUUUUGGAUUUGCUGUCGUGUUUUCUCUUUUGCGGUCGUGUUUUGCACUUCCAGGCCACCGUACUUAUGUGAUGUCACACACUCAAAACAUUCAAUACCAUAGUUUCUGAUUUCAAGUAAACCAUAGUUGAUUAUUUAAACUUCCCCGAUUAUUCAGAUUAAAUAAUCUACAGUAAGAAUAAUUUUAACCUCAUACAUAAAAUAUUUUAGAUGUCAAUUAGCAUAUAUUCUGUAUGUUCAUAACAACACUGGAAGAAGAGAGGUGAAGUAUGUGAACUGUGUGAUGAAAACUUACGUGCCGACUUGGCUUUUAAAGCAAAGCAACAUAGAUCUAUUUUCUGCAAUGGUCGGCUACACCAAAACAACCCUAAAGUCUUCGGUCCUUAUUAUGUGGAUUAUUGAAACAUGCCCCACUAAUGGUUAAUCACAUUCUCUUUGUGACCUGGUCUAUCUCUUUUUUUAGGCAGCUGUGUGGGUAGGUGUGGUGAGACUUUCACCAGAGGUCAGCAGUGUGCAUGUGACUUCAGCUGCCUUCAACACAAUGAGUGCUGCCAAGACUUUCAGGCAGUUUGCACCACCGGUAAGAAUUCUUUCAGUGGAUUUUUUGUUUUCAUUACAUUACAAUUAUUUAGAUUCAUUUUACUUUAAUAGUAAGUGAAAUAACAACCUGUCAUUCUCUGUGUCAAAAUGUCUAAUGCAGGGGUGGACAACCAUGUGCUAUGGAGAACCGAGAGGCUGCAGGUUUUCUUUCCAACCCAAAACUCCACCAGGUGAUUUCACUGAUUACCUUACCUCCAAGCAGAGAGCAGAAACUUAUCAGUGAAAUCACCUGGUGGAGUUUUGGGUUGGAAAGAAAACCUGCAGCCUCUUGGCUUUCCAUGGCACAUGGUUGUCCACUCCUGGUCUGAUGAAAAAACAGCAUAUUGCUUGCAAUGUAGGAAUUGUUGUGUCUUGGCAGCGAACAAUAGAACACAAUUAAAAUAAAUAAUAGAAUAAAAAGGAGCUUUUGAGUUAAAUUGACAGAAGACCUGCAGCUUGAAAAGUAAAGACGUGCUUGAUGAGCCAGGGUCACCCAUACAUUGUGAGUCAGCCAGGAAGCUUCCACCCUGUGUUGUAGGCCUCUAUGUGGUUGUCUGAGGUUGGGAAUUGAAAGAAAUGCCGCUUAAUGUUACAGACUGUUUCAACCAGGUGAACACUGUGCUCUAUGAUGAUAAUAGUUUUUCUGGCUCUUGCUCGUAGGUCACUCUUGUAAGGGUCGCUGUGGAGAGAUAUUUAGGCGUGGUCAGCUGUGUGAGUGUGAUCCACUGUGCAUACAAUACAACACCUGCUGUCAAGACUACCAGCACAACUGUGGUAAGUAGUGGCGAACAAGCCUUCUUAGAGCCCGAUAUUUAACAAUGACCCAAAAUGUUAUGAAAUAUAAUGUAACAAUGCCCGAAAUGUAAUAGUUUGUCAAUAAUGUUACAAAACAGUAAUACCACCUCCUUGCUAAAACUGUACUUGGCACAUUUGUAGCGGUCUCUGUCACCUUCCCUGAAAGCCCCCUCUUUCUGCUGACAGAGCUGCCGGAGUUUUGAUGUAAACCAGGGCUUGUCAUUGUUGUAUUUCACCCUGGUACACUGUGGGAUGAUGCUGUCUUCACAGAAAUUAAUAUACGACGUCACAGUGUCUGUGUAAUCGUCUCAACUGUCUGUAGAAGCCUUAAACAUAUCCCAGUCCGUGGUGUCCAAGCACGUGCGUAGCUCCUCCACAGCUUCACUGGUCCACACUUUGGAUGUCCUCACUACAGGUUAACAGUGUUUUAGUCUCUGUCUGUAUGCGGAGAUCAGGUGAACCAUGCCGUGAUCUGAGAGUCGCAAAGCUGCGCAAGACACAGCGCGAUAGGCACCACUCACUGUAAUGUAACAGUGAUCUAAUGUGGUCCCCUCUCUGGUCGGGAAUGUUACAAACUGUUUGUAUUUUGGUUGUUCCUAAAGGGGGAUUUCCUUUGUUAAAAUCACCGAGUAUUAUAACCAAGGGGUCCGGAAAAUUCCUCUCUACACUCAUAACCUGCUCCGUGAGCGCGCGCUUGGCCUCGUGGAAUGUAAACAGAGCAGACUAUAAAUGAGACUAACUCAAGUGGAGAGUAGAACGGUUUGCAGUUCAUGAAGAGAUAUUCCAGAGAAGGAGAACAGUGUUGGGAGAUCACUGUCACGUCGGAGCACCAGGCGUUGUUGAUGUAGAAGCAGACUCCUCCACCCUUUGUUUUCCCACCAGAGAGUACACGAUCUCUGUCUGCGCAGAGGAGCUGAAAACCCUCCAGUUGUAUGGCACAGUUCGGUGUCUGUGCAUUAAGCCACGUCUCCGUGAAGCACAGAACACAAGAUGAGGAGAAGUCUCUAUUCCUCUUCAUCAGCAGUGCUAGCUCAUCCAUCUUGUUGCUGAGUGAGCGGACGUUGGAGAGCAAUAUCCCAGGUAAGGGCGUGCGCGGGCCUCGCUGUCUGAGAUGCGUGAGCACCCCAGCUCGCUUUCCCCUUCGCCGGCGUCUCACUCUUUUGGCCAUAAAAUGGACCCGUUAAGCAGCAGAUGCUAAAAAAAACUGGCGUAAUGUCUGUGGGUGUAGUUGUAUCUCAGUGGCAGCUGGUGAGAAAAAUAAUAGGUGGGGCUGAAGGUUUGGAAAACAGAGCCCUGUAGAGGGUCCGGGGGUAUCCUCGCCCGGAAGAUUUUUUUUUUCGUUUUCAAAAGGUAAAUGAAGCAUUCUGGUGCUUUCUAAGAAAAUAAUUAAGGAAACAAACGAUGUUGACCCACAAAGACAAAUGGGGUAGGGAUACUGUAUUUCAACUUAUUAAUAGGGCAUUAUAGCCGACACACAGCCUACCUACAUUCAAUGUAAUCCUAUGAUAUAGAAACUGACAGCAGCAUACUCUUACUCGUGUACAUCCACCUGCAUCUCGACAGGUUAGGCUACAGCAAAGGAGCACACAAAGACAACAGCAGAAAAAUAGUGAAGAGCAGACCCACAUCUAUAACAAAUCAGGCUGCAUAUCAAAGCGAUCAGCCAUGGAAAACAACACAAACAUUUGCUUUAAAUACAGAACAAUUUUAUUACAUUUGAUAUUUCAGUUGAACUGAAUUGAAACUGGGUGAACAAAUACAGGGUUCCCACUCUUUUAUAGAAAUCAUUUUCCAGGAGUUUUCCAGGAUGUUUUCAUUCUGCCUUAAAACUUAUUGAUUUCUAACAUUGUGGCAUGAACAUUGUCUGUUAGCUCUCUUUUUCGUCUGGCUUUUAUGUAGUGUCUCACUAUGUUAAAAUUUAUGGUUUAUAUAAGGUUUUAAUCUUUAUAUACUCUUUUUCUAUUUCUAUUUUUCUAUUUUAUUUGUCUUGAACAAAAAAAAACACCAAUACAUCACCAACAAUAAUAAAACACAACCAUAAUUGUUCAGGAAGGGACAGGAAGAAGCAAAUGCUUAUCUUGUCCGGCCCCCUUCUUACCAUGUCAUAUAACUACGUUGUGAUGACAAUAACAGUGAUAACAAUACAUACACAAAUACAUAUAUAUAUACAAAUCAUGUCAAUAAAAAGUAAUUAGAAAACACGUGAGUUGCUAAUAAACAUAUUUAAAAGGCAUUAUGCACAAUAGAGAGUAAUUAAGAAAGACAAUGAAUGAUCAUAUUUAUAAAAUCAAAUUUUGAUAAUUUUGUACAAGCAGCUGCUUAUAACAACUCUACUUUUCUACAAAAAGAUUUCGCUGAUUGACUGUUUCAGUAGCCGAAAUUAUAUUUUGCCAGCUUUAUGAUUUCUUUUUGUCACCAUUAAUUUACACGGGAAACAGAAAAGAGCCUUACUCUUCAGGCUUACAGUUAGCCAUGCUUUGCGCCUAUACCAUGCUCUUGAAAAUGUCCGCAUAUUGUCUGCUCUUCUUGGUGGUCACUCGCUGAGCAGCAUAUACUGUAUAUAUAUAAUUGAAGCACUUGUUGCUCUUACUGAUCUCGUUUCUUCCUGUCUUGGUCUUUGCUUGUGUUCUUCUUGUUAUCGUAUGUACAUUGCUUUGGAUAAAAGUGUCUGCUAAACGACAUUGUAACAUUGAACAUAAAUGGAUAUGCUUUAGAAUCCAUUAGUAUAGUCAAAUAUCCCUACCCACAUAACUGACUAUUCCCCCUUUGGGUAAAAGUGGUCCAUCCAAAGUGAAAAGCUGUAAAUGGGAAUUUAAGGUCUUUCGGAAAUUGAUUAUCCUAAAACAAGAAACCCAUAUAAUUUAAUGGCUAUUAAGAGCUCAAAUCGGCUGGACAGUAAGGUAAGCAUAAAUUUUCUGACCAGCAAUUGGUAUUGCAUAAUAAAAAGAAAUCAUGGUUUAAGGGUUUACAAAGAGUUUCUUUUAAGUCAAACUGAGUAGAGAACUCCAUGUCAUGGCGGGAAGUGCCAUUAAAUGAUAUCAUAUCAGGUUGUGUGUAAGGGGCUGUCAUGUAAACAGGUAGUUUAGGAACUGUUUCCUGCAUGCACUGAUUUUACUUCUCAACAAUGGGGGCUGCUGCUCGGAAGGAUCAUUAAAAUAACAAUAGCUGCAAGACUAAUUGAGCUCCAUAGCUAACUCACACUCCCAUUUCUAAGCCUGACAGUAGCCAGAGUCAGCUUAUAGUACUACUGGCUUUACAGCCAACUGAGAAUAAGAAUAAGAAUAAGAAUAAGAAAAACUUUAUUAAUCUCAGAAGGGAAAUUCAAUUGUCUGUUGUCCCACAUAAUAUGUCUUUCAAAGUUAUCUACUAUUAUGGUGCCAUCUCAAGCAGUAACUUAAGUGAACCCACAUGCCCAUUUGCAACACUAACUCAGUAAAUGUAGUGUGGGUUUUUGUUCAUGCUGUUAAGUUGUGUUUUUCAAAGCAGUGGACCUGGACCUCAAAGACACCGUGGGCAGAUAAUUAGUAACUAUGUCAUCUGAUAAUGACUUCACUGCCUUAUCUUCCACCAGAAGAGAAUCAGCUUUAUUGUCCGAGAAUGUGUCUAAUGUAAGGAAUUUGACUCUGGUGAACUUUGAACUAUGUACAAACAUUUAUCAUGAAAUAGUACAAAAAAAAUGCAAACUAUGCACAAGCUUGUCCAAGACAUUUGACUUAUAUAUACAAGUAUAUACAAGACUGUUAUAGCAACAGUGCAAUGGUGAGAAAUGCAGUGGGGUGAUGAGUGAUUGAAAAACAUAUACAGUAUGUCAUUAUAUGAGAGGUAGAUUAUGUACAUGAGGUAUGUGUUGUUUCAGAUGCAGUAUUAACAUGAAAUAUUAAAUAUUAGAUAAUGGUGUGCAGAGAUACAUGCUGGAUGACAGGAGGAUUUCUGUAGUUAGAAUACAGGGUUAUAUAGGUAAACAAAUAUUUACAACCACAUUGAGAGCUAUUUCACAGGUUUUUGCGCAGUGGUCUUUCGGUGGCUCUGUCAUGGACUGUAUAUACUAUGGACAACUUGGUUCCGCCUCCCGCCUGUAUACAGAUUUGAAGCUAAAAAGCCCUCAGUAUUUCUGAGAUUUUUCUUCAUUUCCUAAAACCAGCAUUGCACAGUAGCGUUGUGCGCAUUCGGCGGGAGAGUCAUCGAGAGUCGCUGUGAUGACGCUCGGCUCAAACUGUGUAUUCCCCGGGUGAGCUACGCAAUCCCUGAACGACAAUAGGCUGUAUCAGGUGUCAAUCAUAGAAAAUAUGAACCCCCUAAUAACUUUUAAAAACAGAGCUUCACAGAAAAAAAAUGACUUGAGCACAAACCAGUCUUACUGUAACUACAUGUCAACAUCGUAAGCGGGGGGGGGGGGGCAAGGAGACAGACGCUGUCCAUUCUAUAUACAGUCUAUGGUCUCUGUUCAUCAGAUCCUGGACCAGUAAAAGUCCUGGAUAGAGGGCAGGUUGGUCUCUGUGAUUUCCCCUGUGAGUCUAUCUUAAUGGUCCACUUCAGGUCCCUAGAGAUAGUAGAUCCCAGGAACAGGAUUGUUAGGGGGGAGAGUGCAGGAGGGCUUCUCCUCAAGUCCACUGUUAUCUCUACAGUCUUGAGUGGGUUCAACGGGUCCAGAUGGUUCUGACUGCACCAGAAGACCAGUUGAUCCUCCUCCUGUCUGUUUGCAGACUCAUCACUGUCUCGGAUGACACAGAUGACUGUAGUGUUGUCCACAAGCUUCAGAUGGAUCACUUGAGGUGCAGUUGUUGGUGUAGAGGGAGAAGAGCAGCAGGUAGCAAACACACCCCUGGGGGUGCCAGUGCUGAUGGUCUGGGUGCUGGAUCUGUUUCCUAGCUUCAUAUUCUGCCUCCUAUUGGUCAGGAAGCUGGUGAUCCACUGACAGUUGUGAGCUGGGAACCAUGAGCUGGGUCAAUUUGAGGUGGAGGAGCUUAGGAACUGAUCUGAAAUCUAUGAUUUGUGUGUAGGUCCCAGUGGAGUUAAGGUGGUGCAGGAUGUAGUGCAGUCCCAUGCUUACUGCGUCAUCCAAUCAGGUCAUUGACCUGAUUGCACAAUAAGCAAAUUUUGCUUAUUGUGCAAUACCCUCGCCUCGCCGACUCGUCCUGUCCUGCAUUCUGACCCUCGCUAUCACCAGUCCCUUGUGAAGUACUUUCAGACCUGACACAAAUUUCCACGUUGUCACCACCAUGAAUUAUAGCAUUUUAACUGCCUGUUACGUUUUUUCUCUGCUGUGUUUCACCUGGACUCUUGACUUUCCUCCUCGCAAGGUCGCUUUUUAAAGUACUGGCUGAUUUUGCCUGUCAUAACUGCAACGCUAAAAACAGAGGAAACUUUUUUUUAAAUAAACACGUCAUGCUUGGAUGCAAAAAAGACAAGCAGUAUUUACCUGUUUGUACCAUCUGCCAGGGAAAAUCAGGACGCCGAUAGCUCCAACUAGCGGGAAAAAACUUGAAAAAACAUGAUUCAAUCCGUUUCUUCUUCGGUAGAUGCUUCAGGUCUUUCCGGUGCACUGCUGUUGAUAUAGCGCCUCUAUAGUGGCGCAACGCUGCAACUGCAGUUAAAAUACGUUGCUGCUGCAGAGGGACAUCAAUCGCUCAAUCAACUCAGCUGGAGCUUUACGCUGUGUUGAGCGAAAUCAAUCGCUCUGGCUGGGGGCGGCACAAAACUAGGUGGAGGCGGCCGCCACGCAAUUUUGAACGCAGGAAAAACCCUGCAAAAUGUUUGAUACAAAAUGUUCGAUAAGCUGUCCCACAGGAGGCCUCUUUAAGAGAAAGGCCCCCUGUUGCAGUGUCUCAGUUUGCAGUGUUUUUUUAUAGGCAUGUGGGUUUGUGUGUUUUUGAUUUUGCAUCAAUUUGCAUUACUGUUGCUAUAACCCAGUUGUGUCACCUUUUUGGUUUUACUCACAGCAUUGCCCACUUAAGUGGACCUAAAGGACAUCUAAUAUUACCAAGAAGGAGUAUGUCUAAAUAGUCAAGUCGUUGUAAAUUAAAAAGGUUACAGUUUAAAGCAUGUUAAGUCUAAAAUCAAAUCUCGACUUCAUCCACAGGUAGCAGUGUAUCAGACCCACACUCGAGGACUCUCCGGGCAAUGAGGGCCUCUACUUCAGGUUAGCAGCAAAUAUACUUUCUUCAGAUAUUUUCUUAGACUCCCAGCGAAGUUUUUCAGACUAAACCAAAAUGUAACUCUCAUGUUUAUUACAACCUUCACAAGGACCAUAUUCCCACAGCAUUUUAAUAUCAAGUAAUUAAGGGGUAAAUACAGGGACAGAUGGUAGAGGAAACCAACAGAGACAUCAAGAAUACACAGGAGAACUCUUCAUGAUUUAUAUGAGAUGCAACCUCAUAUAAAUUGUUCUUGUUGUGUGUCAUAAAUCUUGUGACAAGACCAGAUUUCCCUGAUGAAAUGUGGUUCAUACAUGAAUAUUUGAUCAAUGACUUUAAAUAGCCAUAAAAAAAUUCCACCACUUCUUCUUUUCAACGAUAGUCAUAGACAGCCUUAAAUCUACAAAAGAUUGUUGUAAGAAGCUGUAACUGUUUUUUUUUUCAACUUAACUUUGGCAGAAAAAAUAACGGGUAUCGACAAACACACACUGCUUGGACUGCUUGGAAUAAUCCUUGAGCAAGCUUUAACUACUUCUUUGUCUACAAUUCUCAGAGUUUACUUUUUGUGUCCCAGUAAACAUAUUUCUGAUUAUUUUCAUUGUUUACCCAUGUCCUCAGAAAAACGUAAAUCAAAGAGGGGCAGGAAACACUCCAACAGUGAGAGUGAGGAAUGGCUCACAGGUUUGUUGAUUUUCUUGUUUAGUUGUUUUUGAUUCCAACUACAAAAAAAAAUAAAACCUUGAAUCUAAAUAACAGGUUGGGAGAAUUGUAUUGUUGCAUGCUAAUAAGUGGCAUUUGCUAAAUCCUGUUACAUGAAAAACAAGUUAUUUCCAGAAAAUUCAAAUUCUCUGAAUCUGGUGAUUUCAUCAAACCUUUUGACAAACAAAAACAGUAAUGAGUCAACACAUUAUUGCACACCUGGACACAGAUGGGGACAUCCAGGCAUGCAUGACCUUUAUGUUUAUGAAUUUUUCCUUUAACUCUCUGGAGACACAGAUUACAAGCACGUCUGCUUUGCAUAGCUGCAUACUGCACUGUAUCUCUAGGUAUUGAAUGACUUUUUCGCUCCACACCCCUGCUUACUCAGACUGCAGUAAAGGAUUUCUGUGUUUUCUGUUGUGACAAAACUUUUUCUUUGCAAAGUUACAUCAUCCAUGUAGAGACCGACCCUCUCAGGGCAGUGACACAGAUAUUUAUUAAACAUUAAGGAUACACAAUAGGAUACACAACUUUGUGGCCAGAAUCUGAUGCCCAAGUGCUAUGAACUUGCUGAGCCAUGGAAACACCUCCCUUACCAUCUUGGAGUGUACCGUGCUAAUGUAGCUUACUUAACAAGUCAGAGUAGUGGUGUCCUUUAUCCAGUAAUUAGCCACAGCAGCAGGCGCCUCCCACACAGAGGGUGGUGUUAAUUAAACAGCAGGAGAUUAGUCUGCCCUUCUUGGGGUUAGGGGACUUGAGGACACUUUGAAGCUCUAGAGCCGAGGGGUAGGUGGGGUAAGACUUGGAAAAGAUGGACGUCCUUCUUGCCCUCUGCUCCAUACUAGCACAAGGUUGAAAACCACCUUGGCCUGGCACUCAGAGAUGGCAUGUAGUGUGGAAAGCCCAAAUGAGUAGAAACUACACCUUUGAGGGGAUGGUGAGAUGCAGGGUCUUUUUGACAGGGCAGUGAAUGAUCUGCUUAGCUCCGGGGAGACAGCUUACUGUAUUCGUACUUUUCCACAGAAGAUUCUCCUCUGGGUAUUCAUGUGCCGCAAGUGACUGCACUUGGUGCUCUCAGUCUUCCAUUUUGGUCAAUAAUGAGUUUUAAGCCCUUGACUCCACUCAAGAGGGUGGUAGGGAUGUUUACUAACAUCCUGGGCUGAGUAUAGUCAAUAUUAUUUAUGCCUGUGACUCUCUAAGUGUCUCUGUCUAUGGAAUGCAAACAGCAGUCAAACAAAUUACAUAUUAAUGUUAGGAGCUGUUUUUUGAAGGAAUCCAAAAGCCGUUAGCAGAGGCAGUGGAAGCUUUAAGUAAUUUUAUUAAAAAUAAAUGGUGCAGGAUGGUGAGGGGUCAGAGGUCAGAAGAGUGGAGGGGAUCCAUAGUGAGGAGGUAAGGCAGAGUGUUAGCUUCAGGAGACAGCAGGUUAAUGAAUCAGUACUGAGACUGUGUCUCAUUUCAGAGACCGCACCGUCGAACGGCGCAUUUCAAGUGUGCAUGAUGUCAUCCCGCGGCGCGAACGAUGUCCCAUUUGGCUCAUAAUUCUGAGCGCGCUUCAAAUGUGGUCCCAAAACCACAAUACCCCCGCCCCUUUUUCAAGCGUGCAUUUAUGCACACUUUUGUGGCCUUGGUGUUCCAGAAUUCUUUGCAUGCCGCUGCACAAGGGCGCAUUUCGGGUGAGAGGCCGGACUCGCUUAAGAAAAUAAAAGAAAUCCAAAAACACAAGACAGUCACCAUAGGCUGCAUGAGCACAUGAUCUCUGAACUCACUAAAAUCUGCAAACCAAACAUUAUACUCCUUAGUGACAAACUGAUCCGCUCUGCUACCACGAUCAAAAACUUUAGAAAUAAGAAAGCUGACAAAACUACAUCGGAGUAUCAGGACCACAUCAAGUUUAUUUUUUAAAGACUUUGAGAUUAAAGUUGUAAACUUGGGAGAAUAAAGUUAUCAACUAAAUAAAGUCAUAAAGCUGGUUUUGUGGAGGGGAAAUGACUGAAGCUGGUCAUCUGCAGGGUUAUCCAUUGAUGUAUCAGCUGGGUCAUUCAGAGAGUUUUUGUGGUUUCUGAAGAAACAAUCCAACUUUAUGAUCCAGAGGGAGUCGAGCUCCGACGAGCACUACGUCUCUGACACCGGCGGAAACCCAUCUGCAGAGACACCAUUGCCUUAUUAUGGCAUAUGGAUUCAUAUCAUAAACUAAAGCUCAAUGUCAUUCACGGCUAUUUACGGCUGCAUUGACAGAUUUAUCCGCAGAAUAUCCAUUUCUGCCUCCACAAAAGCAGCGAUUUCCUCCAAGUCCACCUGUUUUUUCCCCGUGGAAAAGAUGUUUUUCUCAUAUGUUCUUUUUAAAGUCUUUAUACUUGUGACAAUGUAAUGCUGAUGUGCCAAAGGAUGAAGUAUCUCCUUGUUUGUGAAACCGAUACUGAAGCACAGUUCCUUCAAAUGCUCAAUGGCUCUAAUUUGAACAACUCUCAUCUGAAAUAACAGGUAACCUUAUGACUUUAUUCUCAUAAAUGAAUGACUUCAUUCUCGUAAAUUCAUGACUUAAAUCUCGAAGUCUUUAAAAAAAAUUCUCUAUAUGGCCCUCAUACUCCAUGAAUUUUGUGCAAAUGAUCUGUGCUUGUAUGUAUCUACUGUUUUGUGUUUGUGCAAGGUCGCACAAUUAAGAAAUAAAUGCUGUGCUCCGCGGCUUUUUUUUUCAAGUCAGUCGUGACGCGAGCCUGAGGGUGGGGACAUUUGGCAACUCAACCAGGAAGUCCCCCGAAGGGUAGUCUGUCCCAUUUCACAAAAACCAAACCAUCUCACUCAGGGUACUCAAGUCCACAUAACGGCAGUGCGCUCAACUAAGUGCGCUUGAGCGCGCUCAGCCUGAUGCAGUCUCUGAAAUAAGACACAGCCCGAGAGUGUGGCAGUCGUUACAAAGGUUGGACAGCCCUGGUGAAGGCAGAAAGGAAGACAGCAAGGAUUAAUACAAUACUAAAUAUUCACAGAAAUAUCUCAAAAGACUUGAAAAUACUCAUUCGAUUGGUGGACAUACCACUGUUGAAGUCGGAAAUAUCUGGCGCUUAGCAGUCUGAGAGCAGAGCUUAAGAAAAGGUGGUGAUUAGGUUGCUCAGGUGCAGGUGUGAAGGUGCAGGAGGCGCUUUAGCUUAAUAGGAGCCACCCAACCUCUGCAAAUUGAAAAAGGAGACUCAACACACACACACACACACACAGAAAAAAAACUUCACAGAGCCCUCAAGUGUAGAAACCAGUAAAAUCAUGACAAGUUCUCCUCUAAAAAACUUUUACUAGUAAAGAGUCUGUAGAAAAAGAUGUGUAAAAAUCCACUGAGUGCUUUUUUUGCUUAUCAUAAGACGAUAAAACCACUCUUACAUGUUUAUAUCACUAGUUUUUCAAUCCUUAUAUUCUUGUACAGCUCGUGGCCCCUGCCACCAGAACCCUGGGGUCCAGUGUUCAAGGUUCUUAAGCCCCCACAACCCACAAACUGCUGGCUUCUCUAGCCCUGUCUCUCCUGAUAGACCAACCACUCUGCUACCAUUUGGUUUGUGGUAUUCUUUAUUUUAGUAUAAUUUUACUUUUGGAAAUGAUAAUUUAUUUUUUGUGUAAUAAAUGUUUUUUUUUUUCCUCCUUUAGAUUUUAGUAACACUGCAGAUGGUCCUCUGCCAUUGUCAAUCCCUUCAUUCCAGUCACCAGCGUCACAUGCGACAGGCCCAUUUUUUCCCAGCUAUGGUGUUCAGUUUCUUGACAGCAGCCCUCCUGUCAGUCCCUCUGGUCUGACAGCUAAUGGUGGUGCAGAAAAUGUACAUCUGGUGCAGUCACCUGGGGAAGCAGCUUCAUCUUUGCUGAGUCAAGGUUAAGCAUAUUCACUUUCAUCUAAAUCAAAACAUUCAACAUAGAUAAGAAUACUCUGAAGCAUGUAUUUUUGUCAUGUUAUAUGUUGUAUAUAUGUGUAUCAUGUUUGCCAAAGAGCAGAUUGCAUCCUAGAGUUUAAAAAAAGAUUCAUUAAUUCUAUGAAUUUUGACAUCACAACAAUUUAAAUGAUUGUUUUCUCCCUAGAUCUAAGUGGUUCUGCAGACCCCGGACCAAGACCCAGUACACUGCAGGAUGUAGCACAGGCCUCUGGACUUUCUUUGAUGGAGGGGGGACCUGGUGGUCCUGUGAAAGGUAAAAUAAGAGUAAAGUUCAUUUCAUUCAAAUUGAGUCCAUGUGAUACACGAGGACUGCUGUUUCACACCAAACUACUCACUGUAUGGAUCCUGACUGACUGUGGGACCUUUUUGGAUUUUAUUUCACUUAGGGAUCUUUUUGUAUUUUGAAGUGAGGUUGUGGAAGCUGCAUGUCAGUACUAAGUUUUUGUGUGGAAUUUACAAAAAUUCUUGAAAAGAAUUAUAGACCCUCCUUACUGGCUCAUCUGUGCAGAGUGGAAUGCCCUGCCUCCAGCAGCUUGUGAGGUGACACCCACAGCGGAGUGGGGUCAUAGACAAUAUGAUGUCUAUGGGGGUAACAUUGCUCUGCUGCUACACUGAUUGCCCACAAUAUAUGUCUUUAAUGACAAACUACUGCAACAGGAUGCUAGGUAAGCUUUGGGUUUACAGAUUUUUCAUGUACAUGCUUCAGUAUUCCAUUCAACAAUAAUAUUAAUGUAAAUGAAUAAUAAUAAUAUAAUAAAUCAAAUAAUAAUAAAAAUGAUAACAACAACACCAACAUCUACUUAAACAACAAGAACAAUAAUAAUGAUGAAUAAAAUAAUAACAACAAAGGAUAAUAUAACAAUAAAUAAAUAAAUAAAUAGACAAAUAAAUAAUGCAGUUUGGAAAUUUCAAGACAGGGUGCAGUGUAAUUAUUCUUAGCUUUCACAGGGCAGUUUAUCAAACAAUACACUGAAAACAAAUCAGAUAAAAAGACACAACACAUAUUCAAUACAGCCAAAUGUCUUUGGGCAUACACAUGCAACAAAUGAAGAGUCACAACCAUUUAGUAGGCUACUUAAAGAUUUUUUUUUUGUCUCUGUAUGUGUGUGUGUGUGCGUGCGUGCAGGAGUCAUUGCUGGUGGUGCUUUAUGCAGUGAUUCUCCCAUCAGUGGAAUAACAGCCCUGAGCAAUGGGACAAUACUGAUAUUCAAAGGUCAGUAUGAUCAUAAAUGGGACUUGAUUUUUGUUGGAUGAAACUUUAAAGUAGGUAACAUAUGCUAAAUAUGGUCUUCUGUGUGUUGUGUGCUUCAGGUAAGCUGUUCUGGUCAGUGGACCCCAAGAGCCACUCAGUCGGUCAGCCUCUAAGUAUACUGGGCAGUUUUGGUAUCCUGUCUUCCAUUGACACUGUCUUCACACGCUGCAACUGCCAAGGAAACACCUACAUCAUCCAGGUACAAACAUGAGUAUGAACUCAUUAUUACUGCCUUUGUCACAACAUGAUUAGUGUUACUUUUGCUCUUAUUAACCCUUAGCCUUGUAGCUAGUCUUAUUUAUAAAUGUCUGACCUGGAUUUUUUACAGCUAUGCUGAUGCUACCUCCAGGGAAAUUGUUAGAACAUCUCACGCACAUUAUAUGCAUUAUAGUUCUUGAUCUUAUUAACUUCUCAAACAGAGUCUGCCUGCAUUUGGUACCUGGCAAGGGUAAACUUUGAUUCUAAUGCUUAAGGAUUUUAUGUUUUAUUUAUUGUAUUGAUUUACUCAUGAGUCAUAAAAAUAAUGUUAUUAAUCUGAGCAAGCCCUCAAAUCUGAACUUUCCACGUCCAAUUUAGAGAAUUUCUUAAAGUUCUUUGAGUUUUUAGUACUAUAAAAAAAUUUUGUUACUUGUGAGUUACUGGAAAAGUCUUAAAUUUUAAUUAUCUACACAAAAUGAUUUUUUACCUGAGUUAAAUAGUGACACUCUCUAUAAUUCAUUCUUCAGUUUUGUAUGUCAUUCCAUGAAAAAAAUAAACCUUUAACUGUUGAUAUAUGUUGAAAGACAUUGAUUUUCAUUAUUUUGAGUAGCUGUGAUGAGAUGAGAUGAUAUUCAGAUGCGACCCAAAAAGACAGAAUAAUUGUAAGCACAGAAAGUAUAUUAAUUUGUUUUCUUUUCUUUUUUUAAAUUUCAAUCGACUACAAUGCGUAUUUGCAGCAUUACAUAUGCAGAUACAUAGUCAGAGGUAUCAAAAGUAUUCACAGUCAUUUCUUCAGUAAAAGUAUAGAUAGUAGGGUUUAAAGAGACUCUUGUAGAAGUUAAAGUAUCGACUCAAGCUUUUUACUCAAGUAAAAGUGUAAAAGCUGUGGUUUCAAAAAUACUUCAUGUAGGCCAUGGCCUAACAUUUUGUCCUUAAUGGCAUUUUCCCCCCUUACAUUACUUUGUGCACUACCCACCUUCCCCAAAAAAACAUUUUUCUAAAGGCAAUAAUGACUAUUUAACAUGUUAAUGUUGAAAAAGUUGGGAUGUACCUGUUUAAGGAGCAUUUAUGCCCAAUUAAAAAAUAACACAAUUUAAUACAAUGCAAAUAUAGUGUUCUAAAAAAAAAAUUAAUGCCCACUGAUUCAAACACAGUUAUAUGUAGUUUAGUUUGUUGUUUAUCUUAUUUACACAACAGCAUCUAAUUUCUGUCUCUACAUGGUUACAUUGCUCUAUAAAUUGCGGAGUUUCACCCCGAUGCACACAAAGGGCUUUAUUUUUGUGCCCACCGGCAGCGCGACGGAGGGUGGCGCACCCCACACAGUGGUACUCUUGUCUGAGGAGCCUGGCGCACAGCUAGUUUGGUAUUUUCAUAGACUAAGGCACACUGAGGUCUGCCAGGCUAGGCGUUGUUGCGCAGUAGGGGGAAAUGUCGACAGAUUCAGCUGGCACAGAGUUAUUUUCUUGCUUGCCGGCGGCGUGGAAAGUGCGCUGAAAACUGGAUUCAAACCGGUUUAGCAUUCAGUGCAGGCGGAGCGCACCUGGUCUGGUGGUAUUUUGGCCGACGUCACUGGUGCCUCACUGGCAGGUUUCCACAAUGUCAGGCACAUUUCAGUGCAAAAAAUAAUCUACAACAACCAAUAUUCAGUGCAACUAUCUGAGUCUGCACAUACAUUUAGAUCUAUAUCGAUAUAUUCUGAUCUAUAUUUUAUCUGAUGAGCAUGUUUGGCACGCGUUUGAAACGCCACCUGACCAAAUUAACACAGCUGAAACCGAAUUAAAAAUGCUAAAUAUCCAGUAAAUAGUCACUUCUGAUGAAGUUAGCAGGAUAUUUAAUUUGUCUACCCCCUUUUUAUCUCCCUCUCUUCCUCUUCUUUCAUGUGCAGCUUGACCUGGACAUGUCUCCGUGGUCUGUCCUUGUCCUGCUGCUGCUGCAGUGGCAAGGCUGACCAGAUGAUUUAUUUUAGUGAUCAGAUGAUGCAUCUCGGUCUAAGAAAAUACCAAACUGGCUGUGCGUCUGGCUAUGCCAGAAAAAAUUUCACUGUGCGGGGUGCACCAUCCUCCUCCGCGCUGCUGGCAGGUGCGAAAAUAGAGCCCAUGAACACAUGUACAGACACUUGCGCAUACACAGGUGAACACACUCUCACCAGCAGUUGUCUGCGUAGCUUACUUCAGACUAUUCUGGGCAUGUCUCUCUCCCUGCUGUUACUCAGGGCACUGAGCAAUAGACUGCUAUUAGACGUCUAGUUUUUUUUUAGACUUAAUUUAACCGUCUAGAUUCAGUAUAUUUUUUUAGAUGGAAUUUAGACAUUGUACUUUAACCUAUUUUUCAAUAACUAUUUAUUUCAAAAAGCAACUGUAAAUUGCAUAACUGACCUCCAAGUACCAAGUACCAAAAUAAUUAGGAUAGCCGUUGAGCAAUAUACAGUGUAGUACAGUAUAACAGGCUAGUCUAAACUUGGUCUCAAUUUUAACGUCAUUCAGCAUUUCAUUUUUAGACCUGUGGUAGUGUGAUUAUAUUGUGGUACAUUUGCAUUCUCAUUAUACAGUAAAUUGGUUGCAAAAUUGAUAUUACAAAGUUAUGCAAAUAAAAGUGCUUGCUCUUUGCAUCACAAUGAAAUGUGUUAAAACUAUUAAAUUUAACUGCUUGAGUAUAUAAUAUAAAUAGUUGGAUUUAUUUGAACUCUGAAAGGCUGUCACAGAGCUUCUAACACCAGAAAUAUAUCUACAGUAUACUUGAGCAAACUAAACAAUUUUUGUUCAUACAAAGAAGUGACCUGAAUAAAAACAUGAUCACAAAAAUACAAUCUCUAUGUUCUAACAAAAUACAACCAUUUGAUGGGAUACUUCUGUUUCGCUCAGUGACCAUCUCUGCUCUCUGUUGCUUCAGGGACACCAAUUCUGGCGUCUGGAUUCAAACAUGAUGAUGGAAUCAGGCUACCCCAAACCUCUAGCCUCUGAGUUCCCAGGUCUGACUGGAGGCAUCACAGCUGCACUGGCGAUACCUGCCACCAGGGACAGACCCGAGUUGGUAUUCUUCUUUAAAAAAGGUAAUGUAUACAGGGAGAGAAAAUUAUGCAGAAAAGAUGAGCUGCUAUUCAGGGCAAAGAGGGAUUCACCUGACCACAUACACUACAGGCCAAAAGUUUGGAAGCAAGGCCAUUACAGGCCGAACAGUUGGGAGAAACUUAAGUUUUUGUUCACAAUGCUUUUUUUAAAAUCCAGCUUGAGUUUUAUGUAUUUUGGGAUGUAUUUACUCCAUGAUCAGAUGUUGCUUUCAUGGAAAUGCACCAUUUUACUCCAUUUACCUUUAGAUAUACAUUGAUGUUAACAGACCAUUGCUAAAUAUAUGUCAGCAAAAGAUAAUAAGGGCUUAGUUUUAGGGUUGAAAACAUUUGCAAAAGUCACAACUUCAGUGCAAAAGCAAAAAAACAAAAACAAAUCACAGUUGGAUUAUUCACUUUAACUUUUUGGCUUUUGAGAGUCUGCAUACAAAAAUCCUUAUAAAUCUCAACUGCCUUUAAACUACUGCAAAAAAUGACUAGAAAGAAGCAACUGAGUAAAGAAACAAAAGUACAGAUUUGUACAUUGAGGAAAGAAGGAUACACAGAAAGAGAAAUUGCAAAACGCCUAAAGGUGUUUAACAAAGGAGUCCGCUACACUCUGAAGAGACUAGAGGAACCUGGAAGUUAUGAUGAUAUAAAAAGACCUGGAUGAAAGAGAGUUACCACAAAAGCAGAGGAUAAACAUAGCAUUGUCACCAGUAAGAGAGAUCGGCGAAAGACAGCACCACAAAUAAUGGAGGAAAUCAACAUGAUAAGGUCGAAACCCACAUCUCUGACAACCAUGAAAUGACGUUUGAGAAAGGCUGAAGGGUUGUGUAUCUGCAAAAAAACACUCCUUCGUCCACAGAACAAGAAAAAGAGAUAUGAGUGGGUAAAGGUUCACAGAAAUUGGACUUAUGAUGACUAGAAACAAGUUUGAACUGUUUGGUUCAAAAUGUAGAGUCUAUGUCUGCAGACAAAUUGGUGAACGUCUGAAAGCACCAUGUGUUACACCCACAAUUCAGCAUGGAGGUGGUAGUUCCAUGGUAUGGGGAUGUUUUGCAGGUGAUGGAGUAGAAGAUUUAUUUGAAGUAAAGAGUAUCAUGAAGAAGGAACAGUACCACUCCAUCCUCCAGCACCAUGCUGUUCCAUCUGGACUCAGAAUUGUGGCUCAUAAGUUUGUUUUGCAGCAAGACAAUGACCCUAAGCACUCUGCCAAGCUCUGUCAGGGUUACCUAUACAAAAAAAGAAGAGGAAGGUAUUCUUUAAAAGAUGGUUUGGCCCCCUCAGUCUCCAGACCUUUCUCCAAUUGAGCUUGUGCGGGAUGAAUUCGAUCAAUCGGUCAGAAAAAUGCGUCCCACGAAUCAGCAGUCUGUUUUUAAUGAACUUAAGAAAUCUUGGAAUGCAAUCCCUGGAACAUACCUUAAAAAACUUGUGGAUGCCUGGUAUAUGCCGAGCUGUUGUUAAAGCCAGAGGAGGUUACUUUAAAGAAAGUAAAGUCUAAGCAACAAUAAAUCAAAUACCUAAUAAUUAUAGUCAAAAUGUCUUCUGAUAAGUUACUCUUUACACAAUAGUCUUGUUUAUAGUUUUGCAAAUUAUCUAUAUGAAACUAUGAUCUUUUUUUGUACAAAUCUGAUAUUGCUUACAAACUUUUGGCCUGUAGUGUACAUGACAGUGAAUCAUAAGUACGGCUGGAACAAACAAGCCUUGUAAUAAGUACUAGUACUAUGGAACAACAGCUAGCAAUUAAUUGUCCUUGUGCAAGUUACUCAGUACAUCCCAGCCAGCUGGCUAAAAAGACAGUGUGGAUGUCUGCUGAAACAAGGUUUUCCUGUUUCUUUACAAUAUACAAUGCAUCCAGAAAGAAUUCAUACCACUUCAAUUUUUCUGGAGACUGGAGGCUGUAAUCGCUGCCAAAGCUGCUUUGACCAAGUAUUGAGUAAAGGGUGUGAAUACUUAUGUAUAUGCAACAUUUGAGUGUUCUUAUUUUUAAUAAAUUUGCAAAAUGUUCUAAAACAAGUUUUUCGCUUUGUCAUUAUGGGGUAUUUUUUGUAGAAUUUUUGAGGGAAAAAGGGAAUUUAAUCCAUUUUGGAAUAAGGCUGUAACAUAACAAAAUGUGGAAAAAGUGAAGUGGUAUGAAUACUUUCGGGAUGCACUGUAUACUCUAUUGGUGGGAAUGAUUCAGAAGAGGCGUUGAGUUGGAGGGGGUGUGUGUAAUUAUGUGUGUUCUUCGUGUGUAUGUGUAAGCCCAUGGCAUUGUCUUCACCUCAGUCCCUUCAGUUUGUCCCAGCCAUCUGAUAACAGGGGACAGCCUCAGAGCUUAGAUCCAGAAACAAAGGAGAACGUUGGGAAGGAUAGGUAUAACAUCCAGGAAUGGAGACAUAACAGCCUUCCAGGGCCACUGUGGGGGAGCCAAUGAAGAUAAUAAUUGAUAUUUAUUAUCAUUCAAAAAUUGAUUAAUUGAUUUUACCACCAGAUAAACUGUCAGUGCCUCCAAAUGAUUUUCAGUGAGACAACCUCUCACACCACAGCACUGAAACUCAUAAAUGGUAAACUUGAUUUCAGUCAAGUCAAGAACAGCAGUGAGGUAGGAUACUUAAUGAAAAAUAUGAAGAAAUAAGUUGUAUUUCUACAGCGUGGCUCCACUAAACUUUUGGAGUUAUUUCAUUUUUCCUGGAACAUUAGUAACAUGAAAAUGCCUCUUGAAGUGACUGUUAAAACCCACAAUCAAUCAGAUGAAUACAACAUGUGAAGACCAGCAUAGCAACAGAAAUAUAAACAGACAGCAGCAUGCAGAGGUAAGAAAUUCACCUUUCCUAACAAUGAACACUGUAUGUGCAGUAAUUUAUUCUUGUUUAAAUGAAAACACAUCAUCUGGUUGUUGUUAAACAGAUACCAUCAGUUUAACCUACCAGUGGUUAAAACAGAGGGAAUUUGUUUUGCUCGACAGUGGCUCAAGGCCCACCUGUUAGUGUGAAUGAAUAUGAGCUAGCUGAUCGAUCGGGUAAUGCCAUGUUAGUAUUUGGCCAAAAAAUAGUGAGAUUGAUUUGGUUUCAUGUAACAAAUAGCCUGACUAUUCCAAUAUCAACCUCCUGAUAGUUUUGCCGCAAAAUAAGCUUAUAAAUUGUUUUAUAUCAAAACCAAGCAUAAAUCGCUGUCUAUAUCAUUGUGUUACUGUGUCAAUGUUCUGAGUAAACUUGUCUCAGGGUAGAGUAAUUCUUGACACCAGAGCUGGUGACAUUAAUCGAAGACUAUAAAGCACUAAUCUGUAUUUUUACACUGCAUGCUUUUUGAAUCUAUCAACAUAUCUAAUGGAAGCUCAACUUUGUCUUCCAGGGGACAUUAUGCAGAGGUUUAUCUUUCCACCCAGCAGCACUCCUUCUUGCAGCAAGAGACCCAGUCCUUUCACCAAGCAGCCUGGUUAGUCGACUGACAGCUUUGCAGUAUUUUAGUGUUUCAGUCCAGAUCUGUUUAGCUCCAGGAUGUAAUUUUUAUUACUUAAUGUGAUUUAAUUUCUACCGUUUCUAUUACUCACAUUCAGCAGUUCCUCUGAGUGGAGAGAUCAGCCUCCAUUCACCUCGAAUAGGAUUCCCUUUGCCAGUCACGUCUGCUCUGUCCCUGCCCAUCCCACUGAAAAGUGACCCAUACCAGCACUACAUCUUCUCUGGCCGUAAGAACCUUUGAUUUGUUGUUGUAUUAAAAUACCUAAACAAUAGGAUCAGAGGCUCUUUGUGGCUUUUUCACAGAGAGAAUGUUCAACAUUUGUAAUUCCUGUUUCAUCAGAACAAACUGUUGUUUCCUCUUUCAUGUUUAAGGCUUUUCCAUUCAGUUAGAUCAGAUUUUGUCGCUCACAUGUCUGCUGUAGAGUGUUCAAUCUGUGCUCUCUGGCAUCUUUGCAGCCCUUUUCUUCAGCAUCACGAUUUCAAGUGACAUGCCAGUGCUGGCCAAACCUGAACUAUCUGCAGCAAUACCGACUCAGUCCAUUUUCAGUCCUGCUGCUAUGGCACCGAAUCCUGCAAACAUGGCUGCUCAGGAUACCCAUGCUCCUUAUCCGGUAAACUCCAUCAAAGUUUGGCUGGGUUGUCCAUGAGGACAACUUGAAAAAAAGGGGAAAUGUGUUUUCCGCUUUGAGCUCUUUACUCAGAUGUUUCUACUGAACUAUAGUGGCUUAUCGUGUAAUCAUAUGCAUUCAUGAGCUUCUUUAUGAUUGGCUCUACAAAUAUCACACAUUUGAAUGAAUACUAUUCUACUAUUUAGUUUGUUGUUAUGACUUCUGUUAUCUAGAAAAAAAGAACAAAGUCUUAUUUUGAGCAUCACUAGUUGUUUUGAAGCCAGAAGCUCUCAGCAGUUUAGGGCUAUUUUUGCCAUAUUUUUUUGUAAACAAAACAAUGUCUUUCCUAUUAAAUUUAGUGGUGAGACAGUCAGUUCUAGUCUUAUAAGCAGCAGAGAAACUAAAACAUUUGGCAAAAAAAUUUAAAUGCAGUUACAAAUGAAAUCACUGAUGUGAUUUCAUGUGAUUUCAACACAUGUAACUGUGUUUCAGUCAGUGGGUCAUAAUUUCUUUAGAACAGUAUAUUUGCAUUGUACUAAAAUGUGUUAAUUUUUAAUUGGCAUAAAUGCAGCUGAAACAGUUGCAUCCCUACUUUUUCAACAUUAACAUUUUAAUAUAACAUAAUAGUCACUAUGGCCUUCAGAAAAAGAUUCUUUUGGGGGGAGGUGGGUAGUGCACAAAGUAAGCAAUGUAAGGGGAAAAUGCU